AAAUUAUGAGACGAUAAUAAUUUAAAGUGUCAAAGCCACUGCCAUAAGCCACCUGAUUAUCGAAAACGCUACCUAACCCCUUGGAGAUAUAAAAAAUAUAUUAUGUAUAAAUAAGAAAAUAUAAUAUUACCUCUUUUACGCGGAGUAUUUUGUUGGUAUUUUACAUAUCAAUAAAAAAGUCCACGACAGCAUAAUAUAUUAUUAAGAAUAACACAACUUUAAAAUCUUUUUUAUAGAAAAUAAAUUUGUUCCAAAACUAAUGCAUUAUUUGCGAAGGUGCUUUUAAAAACAUUUUAUUAAGUUUGCAUUGUAUUGCGUCACAGGUAUUUGAUUUUGAACGAAAUUGUCUUUGACAUCAUUCACUUUUAAUGAAUAUCUUAAAAUGUAUUAUACUUAGUUUUAAAGAAAGUUUGUAACAAAAUAAUGUUCAAUUAGCAACAUACCCAUUUAUGAUGAUAUUUGACAGCCAGUAACUGUAUAAAACAAUAAUAAUUUUACACUAUAAAUCGGUUUGUCUCUACAAAAUCACCGCAAAAAGUGAUCCGGCUACAAAUGUGGAAAUUUCCUCUUUUGAACACCUCAUUUUUCAUGACCUAGUAAUACAUCUAUUAACAGUAUUUAACAUCAUUAAUAUAAAGUACCUAUUCGUAAAUUGUCGCCAGACUCAGACUUCCACGGACGAAGUCUAAAAUUUUUAUUUUUUUAUUUUUAUUUUCCCGAAUACUGUAGAGCCAACGAUAUAAGAUACUUUAGCAGAUUAUGUAAGAUUCUUUUACGGUUUAUAUUAUACCGUUUCCAUCACAGAGCCGAUUUUGAUUAAUGUCGUGUCAAAUUGAAAUAAUUGCAACUGCCGAAAAUUAACUUUGUUAUUAUUUAUUAAUUUUAAUUAAUUAUGAUAGUAAUACUAAAAUCAAUAAAAAUAGGUUCAAAAUCAUAUUCAAUAAAUCAACCUAUUUUUAUUGAUUUUAGUCUUAACCAAAAAUAACUAAUGGAGCAACGAGACAAAGAAUAAUAAAUAAUAAUAUCAAAAGACGAUGUGUACCAAAUAGUCAUCACACAGUGUAGAAGAGGAAUAAUAUACAAGCUUAGUAUACCUAUCUUCCCGCGAAAAAGCUUUUCAAGCGUUGAAAAAAAAAAUGGGUCAAUAAGUUAAUAUCAUAUUUUACGGAUAAUUUAAUCAAAAAAUUAAAUAAAAGCGGGCCUAUAGUUCCGAAGUUUACCAUACAAACUUAAUUAUGCUUCGAUAAUAAUGAAAUGUUUUUAGUUGUUAAAUGAAUUGUAAUAAAAUUUUCAUUAUAAAUAUUGUUAAUUUAUGUAUUGAAGUCGGAGACAAUUAUAAUUAAUUGUGUAAAUUUGUCAUUAAACGAAUAUUAUAUUAGGUAAAAUUAAAAAUAACAUGUUAGACCCUACGCUUAGUGUAAAUUGUUACUUAACAGAAAAUUGUAUACUUUAUUAAAAAUAUCAUCAUUAACAACCCAUAUUCGACUCACUGUUGAGUACGAGUCGCCUUUCAGAAUGGUUAGGCUAACAGUCCACCAAUGCUGAAUGGCAGUCUUCACAGACGAUAAGAAUUUAGAAAAUUCUCAAGUAGGUUUCCUCACGAUGUUUUUCCCUCACCGUCAUGUCUCAAACAUAUGAUAUUUAAUUUCUUGAAAAAUUAUAUAUAUAUAGAAUAUGUGUCCGUAAAUUUAAUUUUAAACCAAAGAUUGAGAAAAUGCUAUCACUGAAUAUUUAAAACACAUGAAAAAAUAUAGGGUCGACCAAUGAUGUUAGAAGAAAAAAAAGAGAUAGACAAGUCACCUAAACCACAUUCGAUGUUUACAAUUGGCACGCAAAAAUUAUUUCAGCGUUGUCAACGGCGCGAUGACAGUGGGACGACUGAGCUCAGGUUUGCUAAUUAGCAUAGUUUUAAUGUGCCACUUGCGGACCGCGUAUAACCUAUCUACCUCUUUUUUCUUCUUACAACAUCGGGGUCGACAAAUAAAAAUCAAAGGGGGAUUAUGAUUCCUUAUUAUUGUGGGUACGUUUAGGGCAACCAAAGAAAUCUAACUUUAAAAAUUUUCAGGUCACGGUUGGGUUUAGGCAGUUUAUUUUGUUUAUUAUGUAAAGAUGGAUUUUACCAUCAUUGUACAUCAAACAAAGGAGCUUGAUAAGAGGGUUGCAAAUAUAUUUUUUUCCGUAACUAAAAACCUAAAAUUUUGAAAAAAAUACAGUAGUUAGCUUUCCACUUAUAUUAUAUUAAUAUACUAUUAUAACAAUCUAAGUUUUAGAUAAAUAUUUAACGAAACAAAUAAGUCCAGAAGAAACGAAAAUAAAUAUAGUUACAAUUAUUAACAAUUUCAGGUCAGUUUUCAAAAAUAUCAUAGAUUAACAACGUUCGGAACCCUCGUCACGCGAGUUCAACUCGCACUUGUCCGGUUUUUUUUCUUGUCUGUCUAUAAUUUCCUACUAAAACACACUUCAUGCGGUUCAUCAAAAAAAGGAAAAAAAAAUAUUUAGCUGAUGUUGCAGGUAUGUAGGUACAUGUAUAUCUGAAACUUCGUAUUAACAUAUUAAGUGUGCAUGCAUAAAUUACAUGCAAUUAUGCAGUUAUAUAUUUUACAUAAACAAAAUUAGCAGUCAUUUUCAAUCAAUCAUUUAGAAGACAGCUAGUGGAAAUGUAUUUAAUAAUAACUACAUUUAUAGUAAUGUAUGGAGUAACACGGGUAAAAAUAUAAUUAUUUUUUUCCAUAAAAAUACUUUAAAUAUGUUGAUUAAAUUAUUUAAAAUAAAUGCAACAGAAUCAUGCAGAAGAUGUAAUAGUGAGAGUGGAGCAAGGUGUGUUGAGAGGAGAACAAAAGAUGACAGUCACAGGAGACACAGUGUACUACAGUUUCAAAGGUAUUCCAUAUGCCGCACCGCCCUCUGGCCGCUGGAGAUUUAUGUCUCCUAGGCCUCCACUAUCUUGGAUAGGGGUACGAAAUGCCACUGAACAUGGAAAUGUGUGUCCACAAAUUGAUGCUUUUAGAAACAUGCUAUACGUUGGUAGUGAAGACUGUCUUUUUUUAAAUGUGUAUUCUCCGUGCAUACAUACAGAAUCACCUCUAGCAGUAAUGGUUUAUAUACACGGAGGUGGUUAUGCAUUUGGUUCUGGAAAUGAUGAUUAUUACGGUCCCGAUUUUUUAAUGAACUCAAAAAAUGUCGUUGUUGUGACAAUGAAUUACAGACUUGACACUCUCGGCUUUCUAUGCUUAGACAUAAAAGAAGUACCAGGAAAUGCAGGUUUGAAGGAUCAAGUAGCAGCGUUGAAGUGGGUUCAAGCAAAUAUAAUAAAAUUUGGUGGCGAUCCAAAGAAGGUAACCAUCAUUGGUGAAAGCGCUGGAGCUGUUUCUUGUGCUCUACACGCAGUGUCCCCUAUGAGUCGAGGACUAUUUCAUCAGAUCAUAGCAAUGAGUGGAGUGCCACUAAGUGAAUUUAAUACUGAAUUUGAACAAACACGUAGAGCUUAUAUAUUAGGAUAUAAUUUGGGUUUCAACACUACUAAUCCAAAAGAGUUGUUACGAUAUCUCCAGUCUGUUCCUGUGAGACAAUUACUAAACACAAAUACAUCAGUCAUAGCAGCUGAAAAUUAUAUGGAUUUCAUGAUGAAAACUUAUUAUUUUAUACCAGUUGUGGAAAAAGACUUUUAUCAAAAACAAUUGUUUUUAAUCGAACCACCUGUUUUUUCGCUUAAAAAAGGACAACAUAAGGUAAAAUCUUUACUAGGAUACACCUCAAAAGAAGGACUUUUCGGUAUAUCAUUUUUUCAGAACGGACCAACAUUUGAAAAUUAUAAAAAUCACCCUGAAGUUUGGGUGCCGAGGAGUAUAUUUUACAAAUCCACACCACAAAUGCAUAUCAAACUUGCAGAUUUGAUUAAGAUAUUCUAUACUGGGUCACGACUUAGGACGCUGGUUACGAUGCAGCAAAUUGUAAACUACUUUACGGAUGUUUUUACUUAUCCUAUAUUUAGAUACGCAAGACGUCUAUCCAAUUUCAACAGAAACGAUAAUAUAUACAUGUAUGAGUUUGCAAGUAUAUCUAACCGUAAUAUAUUAAGCCAACAAGGUAUUCGAUUUGGAUUGACUGGAGUCGGUCAUACUGAUGAGCUGCAGUAUCUGUUUCACGCAAAUGCUUUAAAUUUACCCAUCGACGAGAUCUCAUCUCAAUUAAUUAAGCAGUUUAUUACCUUGAUGACAAACUUCGCGAUAUUUGGGGAUCCAACACCGGACUCGAGUCUCGGCGUCACCUGGCCCAAAUAUACUAAUCAAACAGAAAAGUAUGCUGUGAUCGGAAAUAAUUUGACAAUCGCCGCUUAUCCAAGAGCGACUAUGAUUAAUUUCUGGAAAAAUAUUUUUUACGUAGCUGAUGAAAAAUUUUGAGUAUGAAUAAUCUAACGAAAUAAUCGUUAUGAAUUUUUAUUUAUUUUUAAAAAUAUAUUAAUAACAUAAUUAUUUUUUUUUUUAAUAAAAUCCCUUUAUCCUUGUUUUGUUAAUAAAAUCCCUUUAUCCUAAUAAACAAUAUAUUAACACGA